AUGGCAAUGGAGUUGAAAUUUUUACACGUUUCAUGUAUACUAUUUUUCUACUUCUUUCUCACUAAUUCCAUAAUUCUUGACCACAACCAUGAAAAAGAUUUAUUGGUUUCUUUCAAGAACUCACUUUUGAACCCCAAAAUACUUUCCAAAUGGAACCUCACUAUCCCACAUUGUCAAUGGGAAGGUGUAAAUUGCCAUAACAACCGAGUCACCUCACUCGAUCUCUCAACUCACGCACUCAAAGGCACACUCCCCACAUCUUUAUUCUCAUUGUCUAACCUCAUUGUACUGAACCUGUCUUCAAACCAAUUUUCCGGCCAGCUUUCUGACCAAAUAUCCCAACUCCGGCGACUCGAAGUUCUGGAUUUGGGUAACAACCAGCUUUCAGGAAACAUACCGAGUCAACUUUCCGAGUUGACUCACUUACAAACCCUUGAACUCGGACCCAAUUUUUUCACUGGCGAAAUCCCUCCAACCAUCGGCAACUUAACAAAUUUGGAAGCUUUAGACGUUUCAUCCAACACCCUUGUCGGAAAAAUUCCUCCGGAGAUCGGAAAGUUGACGAAACUCCGGUCACUUGGUCUUAGCAACAACUUUUUAUCAGGUUCUUUAUCUCCUUACAUUUUCACAAAUCUUAAAAAUUUAAUCUUUUUAGAUGUUUCAAACAACACACUUUCCGGCAAUAUUCCACCGGAAAUCGGAAAUCUAUCAAAUCUUACCGAUCUUUAUCUCGGAAUCAACCAUUUUUCCGGCGUAAUUCCACCGGAAAUUGGUAAACUUGAAAAAUUAGAGAACUUUUUUUCACAAUCUUGUUUAAUCCAAGGCCCAUUACCAGAAACAUUUUCCAACCUUAAAUCUUUAUCAAAACUUGAUCUUUCUUACAACCCAUUAAAAUGCUCCAUCCCAAAAUCACUGGGCCAGUUACAAAAUUUAACCAUUUUGGACCUAGUUUAUUCUGAACUUAAUGGGUCAAUCCCCGGAGAACUCGGAAACUGUAAAAAGUUAAAAACUUUGAUGCUUUCUUUCAAUUCUCUAUCUGGGGUCUUACCACAAGAGCUUUCCCAGCUUUCUUUGCUUAACUUUAUAGCAGAAAAUAAUCAGCUUUCGGGUCAGUUACCGUUUUGGGUUGGAAAAUGGACCCAAAUAAACUCGCUUUUGUUGGGUGGGAAUCGGUUUACGGGUCGGAUACCGCCAGAGAUAGGUAACUGCACAAUGCUGAACAUGUUAAGGUUGAGUAAUAAUUUGCUAACUGGCUCUGUUCCUAAGGAAAUUUGUAAUGCGGUUUCGUUAACUGAGCUUGAUCUCGAGAGUAAUAUGCUUUCGGGUUCGAUUGGCGAUACUUUUAUUGGCUGUGGAAAUCUUUCUCAGUUGGUUUUGUCUGGGAAUCAGAUUGUUGGGUCAAUUCCUGAGUAUUUUUUUGAGAUUCCUUUGAUGGUUCUUGAUCUUGAUUCAAAUUAUUUAAACGGUUCGAUUCCUGAUAGUUUAUGGAGUUCAGGUAGUUUGAUGGAGUUUUCGGCUGCAAAUAAUGAGUUGGUUGGAAAUCUAUCUGAAGAAAUAGGGAAGUGUGUUUCUCUAGAAAGGUUGAUUCUUAGUAACAAUAAGCUAUCCGGGCCAAUGCCGAAAGAUAUUGGAAAGCUUUCUUCUCUUUCGGUUCUUAAUUUGAAUUCGAAUAAUUUGUAUGGUUUGAUACCUUGUGAGCUAGGUAGCUGCACAUCUCUUACUACAUUGGAUCUUGGUAGUAAUAGAUUCAAUGGGUCAAUUCCUGUCGAAAUUACGGGCUUAUCUGAGCUACAAUGUUUGGUACUUUCAUAUAAUGAUCUUUCGGGGCCUAUUCCUUCGUCAAAUAGGUCAAAAUACUUCAGAGAAGUUAGUAUUCCUGAUUCAAGUUUUGUUCAACACCAUGGGUUGUAUGAUCUUUCUUAUAAUAGAUUGACUGGUUCGAUACCAGAUGAGUUGGGGAACUGUUUGGUUGUGGUGGAUCUUUUGUUGAAUGAUAACAUGCUUUCUGGUGAGUUGCCAAAAUCUUUAGUCAAGCUAAGCAACCUCACUACGUUAUAUUUAUCCAGAAAUCUGUUUUCCGGCAGUUUACCUUUUGAGUUUGGAGACUCUUUGAAGCUGCAAGGGUUGUAUUUGGCGAAUAAUAACCUCACUGGCCACAUACCGGCUGAAUUGGGCCAACUUCAUAGUUUGGUUAAGCUUAAUCUGACUGGUAACCACUUUUCAGGUUCAAUUCCAUCCUCAUUUGGGAAGUUGACUAGUUUAACUCAUUUGGAUUUAAGUGAUAAUUUACUUGAUGGUGAGCUUCCCUCAAGUAUUUCAAACAUGGUGAAUCUUGUUGGGCUGUAUUUCCAACAGAACCAGAUAUCAGGCCGGAUAGAUGUCUUGUUUCUCGCUUCAAUGGAAUGGCAUGUUGAAACACUUAAUUUGAGUAAUAAUUUGUUUUCUGGUGUGUUAUCCAGCGGUUUAGGCAAUAUGUCUUAUUUGACUUCAUUGGAUCUUCAUGGGAAUUCAUUUACUGGUGAAAUUCCAUGGGCGCUUGGGAAUCUGAUGGAGCUCGAGUACUUAGAUUUAUCGAGUAAUAAGUUUUCAGGACGAAUUCCUGAUAGUUUGUGUGGUGUUUUGAAUUUGAAUCACAUGAUUUUGGCUGGUAACAGAUUAGAAGGCCCGGUUCCAAGGAGCGGAAUAUGCCAGAAUAAGUCGAGAAUAUCAGUGUCAGGGAACAAAGCAUUAUGUGGUGGGAUUCUCAAUUUGCAGUGCCCAGAGACAAACUUUCAAAGUGGGCGAAAGCUCUUCAAUUUAUGGUCACUGGCUUCAAUUGCCAUUUUGACCUUAUUGAUCACCAUUUUUAUAACAUUUGUGGUGAUAAAACGGAUUCAUAAGCUCAAGAAAAAGUCUGACUGUGAAGAUCCUGGUGCAAGUAACAGCAGUUCAGUUGAUCCAAAUCUGUAUCUUUUGAGUAGCAGCAGGUCGAAAGAGUCAUUGAGUAUUAACGUAGCAAUGUUUGAACAACCCCUAGCUCGGUUGACUCUUGCAGACAUUCUUGAAGCCACCAACAACUUCUGCAAGUCUAAAAUCGUUGGUGAUGGUGGAUUUGGUACUGUCUACAAAGCCCAGUUACCAAACGGAAAGACAGUAGCAAUAAAAAAACUGAACCAAUCAAAAUCGCAGGGCCAGCGAGAGUUUUUAGCUGAAAUGGAGACCUUAGGAAAGGUUAAGCAUCGGAACCUUGUGUCUUUGCUUGGUUAUUGCUCAUUCGGUGAAGAAAAACUGCUCGUUUAUGACUUUAUGGCAAACGGAAGCUUGGAUCAUUGGCUAAGAAUGCGAACUGAAGACAUGGAAAUCUUAACAUGGGCUAAAAGGUUCAAGAUUGCAGUGGGUGCAGCCCGUGGUUUAGCUUUUUUGCAUCACGGGUUCAUUCCCCAUAUUAUUCAUAGGGAUAUUAAAGCGAGCAACAUUUUACUCGAUGAAAAUUUUGACCCAAAAGUUGCUGAUUUUGGGCUAGCAAGGUUGAUAAGUGCAUGUGAGACUCACGUGAGUACUGAUCUCGCGGGAACAUUUGGCUACAUUCCACCUGAGUAUGGUCAAAGCUGGCGGUCAACGACCAAAGGUGAUGUUUAUAGCUUUGGAGUGAUUCUUCUUGAACUGGUAACAGGAAAAGAGCCAACAGGACCGGAGUUUAAAGAUGUUGAAGGUGGGAAUUUGGUUGGUUGGGUUUGCUACAAGAUCAAGAAAGGGCAGGCAUCUGAUGUGCUUGAUCCAACAGUUUUUAGUAACGCGUCAAAAGCCGCUAUGCUUCAAACAGUCCAGAUUGCUGCAAUUUGUGUAUCAGAAAAUCCGGCUAAUAGGCCUACCAUGCUUCAUGUGCUCAAGCUUUUAAAAGGGAUAAAGCAUGAGCUUUUGUGAAGUUAGCGUCAAGUAGGAAGGCGAGUGUAGAAUUGUAAAAUCGGGCCAUGUUUGUAAGCAGCACUUUUAUAUAUGCAAAAAGAAAAGUAUUCCAUUAGCUUA